AUGCGUAAAGCUGAACCGUCUAUCUCCCGUGGAGACCUCGCCGCUGCGCAUUGCAUGCGGCUUUUGGAAUCGACUGUGGACUUCGAGAGGCUCCAGUCGCUACAGGACGAGCUGUUAGAUUUGAAAGACCUGCAGCUGUAUCCUUUGAUUGCGGCGAUUGCGGUGAGGCUGGCCCGACAUGAGAAGAGCUUGGCGGACUUCGACAGCAAGAGUGAGCUGCAAGAGAGGGCGCCACUGUUUCACUACGAGACAGCUCUGCAACUGCUCAAGCUCAUCGACCACAAGGAGGAGGCACAGGAGGUCUUCGAAGAGGCAACUGCUCUACGCCACAACGGGCGGCAGGUGAUCGCCUGGACGCAGUUGUGGCAGGUGCCGUCGGUGUACGUCCGAGGCCUGCGGCCUGUGACUGCAUGGUGGGAUCCGGCAUCUCUACCUUUGGCAGAGACUUUGCUUGAGAAUUCUGGGCUGAUUCAAGAAGAGCUUGAAGCGCUGUUGCGAAACGGUGGGCAGAUGGUGGCGGAGGAGGCGUAUCCAAGGCUCACGGCAGCGGGCGACUGGGAUGUGAUCCGUUUGUACAAUGACAAGCGCUGGGACGCAGCAGCUGGUGCCCUUGCACCGAGGACCAAGCAGCUGUUGCAGGAGCUUCCUGGUGUGGCGAAUGGCCUGCCAUACAUUCACCACAACACGGAAGAGGUAUGCUUUUUCAGAAUGUCGCCCGGCACCCGCGUGCUGAUGCACAGCGGAGGUUGCAAUGCCCGGCUGAAUCUCAGCCUGGGCCUCCAGGGUUGCAGCAACUCCUUCCUGACGGUUGCUGGGGAAGAACGUCAGUGGAGCGAUGGAGCGAUGUUGGCCUUUGAUGACAGCUGCGACCACAGCGCACGACACGAGGGGGAAGAGGACCGCUGGGUGCUAACAGUUGGAAUGAUGCAUCCAGAUCUGGUGAAGUGCUGGUACCUCUUCGCCUCCCUUUCCCAACACCCUGGUACCGUCACUGGCAAGUACCAGUGGGAUGACAAGAAGAAGUCCAACACCGAUGCUGACAAGGACAUGAGCAGCGCGGGCGAUGCUAUCACCAAGUACAGCUGGGGCGAUGGCAAGAAGCAGGUGAGCAUCUACAUCGAGCUCGACGGCUUGGAUGACUGCACCGAAGACAUGUUCCAGGCCUCCUCCGGCGAGAAGGAUGUCUCGCUGACCAUUGCGAAGGUGGCCGGCAGGAGGAGAACAUUCUCCCUGAAGGACCUCGCGCACGAGAUCGACGGCGUGAAGGUGAAUCACAAGAAAGGCAAGGGCAUGGUUGUGCUCAAGCUGACCAAGAAGGAGGAGCAGCCCUGGUACAAGCUCCAGGAGACGUCCGGCAGCGGAGGUGGCGAUGACGAGGAGGAGGGCGGAAUGGGCGGCAUGGGAGGCAUGGGCGGAAUGCCUGGCAUGGGCGGCAUGCCCGGCAUGGGCGGCAUGGGCGGCAUGGACCUGGCCUCCAUGAUGGGUGGCAUGGGAGGAAUGGGCGGCAUGAUGGGCGGCAUGGGUGGAAUGGGUGGAAUGGGUGGCAUGGGUGGCAUGGGCAUGGACGACAUGGACCUCGGGGGCGAAGAAGAGGAAGAAGGCCAGGCGGAAGAGUGA